GCAUAACCCCAUGGAUAAUCGGGGAUAAGCUGCCGUCGGACUUCGCAUGCGCCGGUGGUUCGGCCCCAGCGCCGAAAUGAAAAGUUCGUCGACGGUGGGCAGCCUCGGUCGAGGCUGGGUAUAAAGGCCCAAAGCUGCCCGUCAUGGCGCCUUCCACGCGGCAGGGACAAAAAGAUGGUGGACCAGACCGACUUGGAGAAGGGCGCGAUCCCGCCGACCGUGCAAGCCUCCCCGGAGCUCGACCAAACCUCCCACCACCACCAUGACGCCAAUAUCGUGGACUACGAUGGCCCCGAUGACCCGGAAAGCCCCUUCAAUUGGCCGCGCUGGAAGAAAGGCCGCCAGCUGGUGUUGAUGGCAUUCAACACCUUCAUCACGCCCCUGGCCUCCUCCAUGUUCGCCCCCGGGGUGGAGGGGGUCAUGAAGGAUUUCCACUCCAGCAGUACCAUGUUAGCAUCCUUUAUCGUGUCGGUCUACGUCCUCGGAUAUGUCAUCGGACCGUUCCUCAUCGCCCCGCUGUCGGAGAUCUAUGGGCGCGUGCCCCUCUACCACGUGUGCAACGUCCUGUUCCUCAUCUUCACCAUUGCCUGCGCCGUGGCCCAAACCAUGCCCCAACUGAUUGUGUUCCGGCUGCUGGCGGGCACGGCCGGGGUCUGCCCCCUGACCAUUGGCUCCGGCACCGUGGCCGAUAUGGUGCCCAAGGAGAAGCGAGCCGGAAUCAUGGCCAUCUGGGCCAUGGGGCCGAUCUUGGGUCCGGUGGUGGGACCCGUGGCCGGAGGCUUUCUGGCCGAGGACGAAGGCUGGCGCUGGGUGUUUUGGGUGCUGGCGAUUGCGACCGGUGUCAUGACCAUCCUCUGCAUGAUCUGGUACCGUGAAACCUACGCCCCCGUCAUCCUCGAACGCAAGGCGGCGCGCCUCCGCAAAGAGACCGGCAACCCCAACCUCCGUUCGGUGCACGAUCACGGCAAACAACCCCGCGAGGUUCUCCUGUCCGCCCUGGCGCGCCCGAUUAAACUCCUCGCCAAAUCUCCCAUUGUCCUGCUCAUGGUCUUGUUUGCCGCCAUCACCUACGGCUACCUAUACCUGAUGUUCACAACCAUCACGUCGAUCUUUGAGGAGGUCUAUGGCUUCUCCACCGGCCUGGCGGGCCUCGCAUACCUCGGUUUUGGCAUUGGGUGUCUCAUUGGCCUGGUGGUGACCGGCGCGGUUUCGAACCGCAUCGCCAUGAGCCAUUCGGCCAAAGGAUGCUUCACCCCGGAAUCCCGCUUACCCCCGAUGAUCUUCGGCUGUUGGGCCAUCCCCAUCGGGGUGUUCUGGUAUGGGUGGGCGGCGCAGGCUCAAACCCACUGGAUCGUCCCAAUCCUGGGCACGGGGGUCUUCGCCAUCGGUCUGAUGACCGUCUUCAUGUCCGCCAGUACCUACCUGGUGGACUCGUACCUGCGCUAUGCCGCCUCUGUGACGGCCGCCAAUACCGGGCUGCGGUCCCUAUUCGGCGCCCUGUUGCCCUUGGCGGGGCCCUCCAUGUACGACGCGUUGGGGUUGGGGUGGGGAAAUUCCCUCCUCGCCUUCAUUGCAUUGGCCAUGUGUGCCUGUCCCCUGUUCUUCUGGCGCUACGGCGCGCGGAUCCGGACCCAUCCACGCUUUCAGAUCAAGCUGUAAAAGAUACCCUAGAGUUGUAUAUAGACUAUACCCCAAGACACAUAUAAUAGACGAGACGAUUCAAGAACA